UGGCAUCAAGUCCCUCCCGCUAUUAUUUUAUGUAGUAUGUAGCUACAGUAUCCGUAGAGUAGCAGCUACGGAACGGGGCCCGCCAGACCGGAGAGGUGACUGAGUACGGAUAGCGAGUGGCCAUUCAUAAGGUACAGCAAGGUAACUUAGUAGGUACUGUAGUACCUAGUUAAUGGACGGGUGCGGGUGCGGGAACUACCUACCUCCCAAGAGUCAAAUUUUGUCCCUCCCGUCCAAAGAAAGUGGCAGGCUUGGCAACAAAGAGGGUGUGGGGGUGGACCAGCCAGAGGAGGUCUGCUAAUCUGUGAGACCCCAUGCACAUGCUUCCAUCAAUCACCAUUGCGAUUCCGGCCACGAUCACAAUCAUUGCGCAAGGGCCCUAGUAUUUACAUACAUACAUAUCAACUCUUCAGUCUUUUGAUUUCUUGCGCCCGCCCGUUACAGAUCGCGUGGCCGCCCUCCAACUCGACUUUCUGCCUCUUGAUAGUCUCCGUCUCCAUCUCCAUCUCCGUCUCGACAAGCUUCAGGGACCAACCGUCAAGGGCCAAUGGGAACUAGUAAAAGGGUGCGGCACGAUCAGCCAAGCUUUCCAUGUCAAGAGUUGAGACAUUUUGUUUAUCAAUCGGACUCUGACUGAUGUGGGAUAACUUCUCACGGGUUCCAUGCCAGGGUCCCCCAAGGCAAGACAAGACAAGACAAGAAAACAGCGCGCCUUGCCCCAGGUAACCAAGAUUUGGUUUGAGGGUACUCCGUACGGACGGCACUCGCGAAGAAUUGUAUGUAUGCAACUUGACAACAGACCAACAAGAUAACGACGCUAUCUUCUCUUAGCUGGGACUCUACUGCAUCCCCUGAGUUUCCCGUGGUCUAGCGUGGACCUAGAUUUCUUCUGGCAAUGGCCUGGAGUUGUGAUUGUUCUCACCGCGUUCCAUGGCUCUACCCUCAAUACAUGGAGGAGAUUGUUGAUCGUGGCCAUGGGCAAUCUCUGCUUUUAUCCUCUCGGUGUUACUGGGCAUGUACCUCAAGCAGUCGCUGGCAGCCACGGCUAACCCCCACUGUCUAUAAUCGUCGGCUUGUGGUGCCAUGACCACCUGCGGGUCUUCUACGUGGGAGUUUGUGAUGCCAUCAGCCGGCCUGCGGGCGCAGCCGGUCUAGGAUUCGUGGGUUGUCCGGAUGGCGAGACCAGUGCGGAUGAUAACGUCUCAAAAGCGGACCCUGGAUAUACCUAGAAACCGUUAACGGUCUACAGCCUCUCGCGUGCUAUCAUGCCACUGUUUCCAGGUACACCUGCCUGGUAUUAGGUACUGUCCUAACGCGGCCAGACGGAAUCACACAACCCCAACAUCCCUGGGGGUUCAAAUCUCGACAUCGCCCUGCUUUAUGAUUAGAGCCGCCCGCCUACCUUGCCCUGCCUUGCCUUGCUGCACCUACCUACCUACCUACCUACAAGUUGCUGUUGUUUUUUUCUUCUUCCGUGCUCCAUCUCUCAUCUAAAAAGACUACCCCGUCCCCAUUCAUACCCAUCUGUACCCAUUCUGUCCAUAUCAGGCUCAUACUGCCACCGACAUUUCCAUGGACGACCUAUCUCGCCCUCGAUUCCUCUCUUCGAUACCUUGGUUUGACGCAACUUAAUGUCACCCUCACCCUCUCGCUCUCCCCCACCGGCCUCGACGCCGCAGCCCGACGAGUCUCAGCUACCAAAGGGUCAAUGUCGGUAUAUCCUCAUGAUACCUGAGCUCAAGGGUCAGCGGUGCGGCUGCAUGGGGUUCGAUCACAACAAAUCUUUGCCAGGCGCCACUUGCAACUGUGGUCAUCUAUCCUGCUUUCAUGUUGCCAAUGCCGAUACCCCAACACCAAGCACUAACAAGUCCGAGAUCGAUGCGAUUCAACAGCGAGUACGAGCCUUGGAAGAACUCGCAACCCCACGAGACCGUGAUCGACUUUCCCAUGUUGUUCGUCGCAUCAGCGAGCUGGAAGAGACGGUCGAGAAGAAUAAGGACGAAACCGACACUGAACUCAAAGGCUCAUACCGCAACGCAUCUGCUGCGUGGGCGCUUGUUACACAAUUGCAGCAACAGAUUAAAUGCUUGGAACAAGCCCUUCGAUCACAAGGCGAACAGCUGGCAAGGACAGGGAGCGAAGUGGACGAUUUGCGCAAUCGUCAACUUGAGCUGCUAGAUAGUGACGAGUGCUUGGAAGAGAGGAUCGAAAAGUUGGAGAGUGCCGAGCCUUUGUUGUCGCCUCCCCAAGACCCAGAUCCAAGCGGUGCCACCGUCAAUACCUUUCAUCUAUCGCCCAUAACCACUGUCCCCUCACAGCUGCCGUUAAACUCAACACACAAAUUGUCGAUAAAGCCUACCGCAUCAACCCAACCCCCAAGGUCAUGGACAGUGCAUGUAUCCUUGAUGCCAUCCAAGGACACGCCCUUCCCAUUUGAAAAGGAUACAACCUCAUACAAGAGAUGCUUGUCCCGUGGACUUCAUCGUAUGCUCGCAGUGGAAGGAGAUGAUGCCAAGUCUGUCACAGAGGCUGUAUCACGAGCAUUUGAACCUCUACUCAAAGGACGGCCGUGGGUUCCAUUGCAAGCAAAGCUUUGCGAUGCUGAGCGUCUACAAGGCUUGCCAAUGUUAAGGCCCCUGGAGGCCAGGCUCGUCCACGGUCCGUACGACCGUGCGUUCCUCAAACAACACUGCGCCGUGCUGGAUGCUAGUGGCAAGAUGGACUCAUUAUACAUUGCAAUGGAGCAUGACUCCUUAUCCUGGAACUUCUUGAAGAGGUCCCCGGUCUACCUGGACGGGCUAGAGUCCGCAUGGGAGCGCGAUAGCGUGCUCGACAAAAAGGACGAGCAAGACCCGUUGUCCAGGGAUCACGGCGAUGAGGGUGACGAGUCACCGCCCGCCGGCAACAUCGUUGGAGCUUUGACAGGUCUGAAGCGUAGCAUGUCUGAAAUUUCAUGCUCGUCUCUCGAUGACACCGAAUUACCGUUGGCCAAGUUGCCACGAACAUGCAAGACAUCUCAACUCGAGAUGCGGCGCGGCGUAGAAACUGCAAGGUGACGUGCAGUAUUGGAAAACUGGAAAUGAACGACUUGGGUUUCUUUAAGGACAGGUGUAAACAUCAUGAAAGCGACUUUUUUACCGGCAUACAAUGGGGCGUUCAAACAUGUGCUUGGGCAAGUACUGAUACCUCGGGCAUAGCAUUGGCCUUUUUUCUUCUUCUUUGUUUCAAAAGCGUGGCCGGGCUUAGUUAGGUUAAACAGGAAUUGGAAUUAGAAUAAGAAUAUUAGAUGAUAGAAGAGUGGCUAUUUAUGUACAAGAACAAAGAGUCUGACCAUUACUGAUAAUUCCAUGGGUUUUAAACGUCUUCGAACUCUAUCUCCUCGCUGUCUUCGUCUUCUUUUUGCUCUUCAGUAUCUGGUCCAGCCAGUUUCACUUUUUUGGCGGCAGGGACAUCUUCGAAUAAGUCUUCUUCUUCUUCGUCGUCGUCGUCCUCUUCCUCAUCUGAUCUUUCUUGUGCUAUCUCCGCCUUGAGCUUCUCAAAUAUGUCGUCUAUUUGAGCAUUGGCCACGGCCGGUGCUGCUGGGCCAGCAUCUUUGCUGGACUCCUUCUUGACGAUUGAUGCAGUGCCAGGAGCAGCGCUUGCUGAGAAGGACUCCCCAGUGACUGUACUAUUGGACAUCCACGAUGGAAGAGCAUUUUGCUUCGCUAUCUGCUCCUUGCGCGCCUGCUCUGCCGCCUUCUCGGCUUCUGUAGGGCCAUCUGAUGUUGAGAUGUUAACUGCAAUCGAUUGCGGCCCUGUGUUGGUCAAGCCCUUAACCGCCAUAGGUCGGUUCGCGCCAGAGUCUACUGCAGUAGUCUGAGCGCGCUGGUGUGUUUCGUCGCGCUUCACCGGGCGUGCUUUGGCAAAUGCGCGAUCAAAAUCGCAUUCAGGAAUGUGGACGGCGUCGAUCUUGGGAAGCAGUUCACUAAUGAAUUUGAACUGGUCAUUGAGUCGCGUUGACUGCUCGUGCCCAGUCGAUGUCCGGUCGGCCUCAAAGGUCAGAACAUGAGAGCAGCGGUGGCAUAAGAAUCCUUCCGGGCCAACGUUGUCCAGAACCUCCAUCGCCGUCCAUUCUGCUUUGCAAAAUGAGCAAAAGUACUCUUUUUUCUCGCUCGCGACUUGCGUAGUACCCUGUACUUCUUUAUCGAUAGUGUAAACGCGCCAUUUGAUGGCGUCUAUUGUGGCUCGGUAGUCGAUGUAAUACCAUGUUUUGUUGCUUGGUCUUGGGUUGCCUUCUCGGAGUUCUGAUCGUGUGUGUCU